GUUACAGUAACAGCUGGUAACCUUUUGAAGAGUCAGAAGACACUUUGUGUAUCUUUUAACCUGGAAGCUUCUGAAAGACAAUGGAAAAUUUGCAGCAUAGUGAGUCUCAGUCCAUGACUCAUGCUAAAGUGGUAUUCCACAAUGUCAAUCAGUCCUACAUUACUAGUACCAGCAUUGAAUGCCACUACACUCUCACUCCCAAAAUUGGAUGGUCAUCCAAGGACUGGAUUGGGCUGUUCAAGGUUGGGUGUACAACUCAGAAGGACUAUUAUACAUUUGUCUGGUCAACAGUUCCUGCUGGUUAUGUUGCAGGCUCAUCUGCAAAUUGUUGUGUGCAGUUUCAAGCAUGUUACCUUCCAAAUUCUGGAAAGCAGCAGUAUCAGUUCUGGUAUGUGGAUCACUGUGGAAAAGUAUGUGGAGAGAGUACACCAUUCACCUUCAGUGACCCUGCACCAAUGGAUGUGCUUGUGACUUUAGAAGAAGAUUCUAGCUCUGACAUGCUUUUAGUCCUUCCCAAAGCAGCUUUGUUAGAGGGUCAGCUGGGAGAGUGCAAAAGGCAGAACUGCAUCCUACAGAAUGAAAAAUUGGAGCUUGAAAAGACAUUUGAAAAGUUACAGAAUAAGUUAACGCAUUGUGAAGAACUGCUGAAGGUUGAAAAGGAAAAUAAUUCCAUACAUCUGGCAAAAAAUAAGGAUCUUUGUGCAGAAAAGGACGUUGUGACAGCAGAGCAUGAAGCCUUAUGUGAACAAUUUGCAGAAUGCAGUGUACGAGUCUCACAGCUGGAGGAAGACAAUAAAGUCUUCAGAGAGAAGGCUACGGAAAAAGAGGUGGAACUAAAAAGGUUGUAUGAAAAGAUAAAAAAGUUGUUGUUGCAACUUGAGGAACUUGACCAUCUGCUGAAAGUGACAACUGAAGAGAAGGACCACUGUCAGACAAAUAUGAAAGCAUUGGAUCUGGAGAGUAGAAGGCUGUGUGGUGAACUUCAGGUUGUGCAUAGUACACUCGAUGAAAAAGAGAUGCAGAAUGCAGAGCUGAAGGAGGAAAUUGGGAAGCUGUGUCACAAAUUGUUAGCAGGUGCAGAGAAUAAGAAAAUGUUAGGAAAGAUAACAGAGCAGUUACGGUGUACUCAGGACCAACUGUCUGCAUGUCAGCAGAAGGUGGUGUUACUAGAGGAGGAGCUUGCUAGCACAUCAUCUAUGCGGGAUCGUACUGUGUCUGAUCUUCAUAAAAGCCGACAAGAUGCAGCUGAGCUCAACAUCAAAGUAGCAGACUUAACACUGAAGUUGAAGGAGGAGCAAAUACAGUGGCUAAAUGAGAAAACACAGUUGAUCCAAAAAGCACAGGCUGCAGAAGAUUUUGGAAGAAAAUUAAGCACCCAGGUGCAAAAGCUUGAGGAAAGUCUUCAGUCAGAAAAGUACAUAACUGAAACUCUGAAGGCAGAUUUAUCACAAGAAAGAGACUCCAGUAAGGUUCAGUUGUCGGAAAGCCACCGUGAACUGAAGGAGUUAAAAUCAGCUCUGAGAGUUGCCCAAAAAGAAAAGGAGUAUCUUCAAUGCGAAAGACAGGAACUGCUGGAAUACGUGAAGAAAUUAGAGCAACGACUUGAGAAAAUGGCUGAUGCCAAGUGGAGUGAAAGUGUUGGUAUGGAUUCUCCAGCUCGCCCAAGAUCACCAGCAACUGAUUUUGAAGAUGAAUCACCUGAGGAUAUGAGGAUCCAUCCCAGACUCAGCACAUACAACCUGUGUGACAGUCAAGUUGCCUUGGAAGCUUGUGUUGAUGUGUCACAGCAAGUACUUCGAGACCAAACACAAGAAGUAGUGAUUAGUCAACCAGUUCCAGUGGCAUCUCAGCGGAAACAACCUUCUGAAGAAAACAGCUGUGACUCGGAAGAAGAUGAUGUGAGAGUUGAGUUAUUAGCAAAGCAGAAUAAGCAAGAAGAGUUUGUUCCAUUCAUGUCUGAAUUUGGCCAUGCAAUGAAGUAAUUUAUAAGAGAGUCUUUGUAAAACAGUUGAAUGAGAUAAUUGGACGAAUAAAGAAACGGGCAUGGUAGCUGUUCUGUCACAGCAACAAACAACAAAGACAUAAUGCCAACUCUGUUAAUGUACAUUUAUGCCUGACUGAACGUGCACUUCUUUAUAAAGUGAAUUUAAGUUAGUCAGGUGUAGCCAAAUAUCCAUAUUACUGGGUACAUUUGGGACGGAGGCAUCAUACCCUUCAGCCAUUAGUGACCAAUCCUCAAUAUUAAGGAAGGGAAGGAGAAACCCAUAACUGGAGCUGGUUUACCUGUGUGCUGUAGAGUUCAGUGAAUUCUGCAGAAAACGGAGACAAGGAUAUGAAAGAAAUCAAGUUCUUAGUAAAGGCUGCCCUACUCGAUAGUGGGAUGCUGGAGUAAAGGCUGAAACACUUGACAGUGGUAUUUGCACAACUAGUCUGACAAAUGGUUAAGACUGGCAAGUUCAACGUAAAUCAUUGAAUAGUGACUGCAGUUUUAAGGAGUGCCUAGAAUGGAUGCUAGCAGAAUAACACCACCACCAUCACAAAUAACAUAAUGCAUUAUUUUAGGGGAGCUCUGAUGCUGUUUCAUAUAAAUUAUUGUAUUUAAAAAAAGUCCUUUAAAAAUGUUUUGGUUAGGAGUUGCAGGAUUAUGUUAAGAAAACAGAAGGUGCAUCACUUCUGUAUUUUUAAUUUCCAGGUUAAGAAUGCCAUCCUUUGAACUGUGGUAAGAUACAUUUAUUGUUAGUGUAUGCAUGCAUGAAUGCACUAAACUCUUGCAGAAGUCAUGUAAAAGGGUAAUUCUAUUUCUUGAUGAAGUUUUCAGGAGCAAAAUGUGUCUGUCAUAGCUCUGGUGUGUUGUAUUCC